UCUCCCUCUCCUCCUCACCUCCCUCCGCGCCGCCGCCUCUCCACAGAUCCCCCUCUCGCGCCUGUUCGCUGCUCCCAGGAGCCAUGGCUGCCCCGAGCAGGAGCUCGCCGCCGGUUUAGCAGCGCUCCGGCCUCCUCCACGUCGCCCACAAGAACCCCCGCGCCAUCCCGGUUCCAUUCAGACGCCAGGGCGCACUCAAGGACUCCAUCCACAACGUCCACUUCUUCCUCUCGGACAGUAGAUCGCGCCAAGUUCGUCGACCUGCUGCCGACGCCUCCCCUCCGUUCCCGGCCACGUAUUCUUGUCCUAGGGUAAGGAGGUAUACCUGGAUUCCUCCCCCCUUCUUCUCGACGCUGGAUGAUCCCCGUAGGAGAUGCUAGGGUCGCGCCUUUGCCAUGAUCUCGAUGCUCUGGCGAUCUUUGAAUUUUGUGUGCAGUUGCAGUAGACGCCGUGGUUGCUCGCGCUUCGCCCCCCGCUCUCGUUCACCUCUCUGCACCACUUCUGUCCGCACCACACCACCCCUCGCAUCACCCACGCCAGCGCAGCCCCGCUUGCCCCGCGCUGUCCUGCUUCCUCUGCUUGCACGCGCACGAGCUCUGCACCCCUUCAUGUCGCCGCUGCAUGAGCUCGUGCUCGAGAGUUUGCAAGCGCGCCACUGCACCCGCACUCCCUUGCCAUUCCCGCACGCCCGCCGCCGCCUACGGAGCCCCCUCGUGCCGCCGUUGAUCGCUGGCGACGACGCCGUCUCCUACUCCGUAGAAUAAAACCAAGCCAGGGUCUUGGACGGUAUAAAGAAGGUCAGACCCCUACCUUAGCACAGUCACACGGCCAGCAACCAGGGCGUUCUGGGUUCGAUUCCCAGGUGCGCGCCCUUUUCCUUUUAUAUGUUUCGUGAAUGCUGACAGGUAGACCCCACCUGUCAUGCACACACACUCCCAGGCUCAGCAGUACGGAAGACAGGGAGCAUAUGGCCUGUGGAUGCAAACGCUGGAAGGCGGUAGCACGAAAUACGUACAUGCAAUUAGAACGGGUUUAAAUAAUAGGAUAGGUGCUAAGUCAUCUAGUCGUAUUUUCACCGGUUGUGGCAUUUUAGUUUGCUUGCAAACUUGUAUUAACUAUGUGUUUUGAUGCUAUUUUGUUUAAUAAAAUGGUUGUGUGCAUCAUUUGAUGGUUGAUGCAUAGGUCUGAAAGAUUUUUUUUUAUGAAGUCCGUUUUGUUGAUCCGCGUUGGAUUUGUACACUGCCCGCGUUGGAGUUGUACACUGCUUUUGCAUAGUCGUGCCAACUUCGUGGCCAGCCAAGCAGAAGAAAGCAACAUGAAUUGAAUGGUGUGUACCCACCUACGGAUGCAUUGAUAUCUACAGCAUUCAAUUCCACACUUAACCCUCACGAUGCGGCCUCUCCCCCUCUUCACCCAACUUCUUCUUUCUUGUUAUAAGAAGGAGAAGGAUGAGCCAGUAAGAGGGAGAAGUGCAUGGAUGAUCCCGCGUACAUAUGAACACACUCCCAGGCUCAGCAGUACGGAAGACAGGGAGCAUAUGGCAUGUGGAUGCAAACGCUGGAAGGCGGUAGCACGAAAUACGUACAUGCGAUUUGGACGGGGUCAAAUAAUAGGAUAGCUGCUAAGUCAUCUAGUCCUAUUUUCACCGGUUGUGGCCUUUUAGUUUGCUUGCGAACCGGUAUUAACUAUGUGUUUUGAUGCUAUUUUGUUUGAUAAAAUGGUUGUGUGCAUCAUUUGAUGGUUGAUGCAUAGGCCUGAAAGAUUUUUUUUUAUGAAGUCUGUUUUGUUUAUCCGCGUUGGAGUUGUACACUACCCGCGUUGGAGUUGUACACUGCUUUUGCAUAGUCGUGCCAAUUUCACGGCCGGCCAAGCAGAAGAAAGCAACAUGAAUUGAAUGGUGCGUACCAACCUACCGAUGCAUUGAUAUCUACAGCAUUCAAUUCCACACUUAAUCCUCACGACGCGGCCUCUCCCCCUCUUCACCCAACUUCUCCUUUCUUGUUAUAAGAAGGAGAAGGAUGAGCCAGUAAGAGGGAGAAGUGCAUGGAUGAAUCUGCGUACAUAUGAACUCAUUUUGGAAAGCACAAUUUGAAAUUCUAAAAAAAUCUGAGAAAAAUUGCACGGGUACGUCUUCAUGUUCUAUGUGCGUGCAUAAAGUUUCACGAAAAAAUAACUUUUUUUGUGGCCUGUGCAAAAAAGAAAAAAAAAUUAGGUCGUGGAACACUAUUUAGAAGCACUAAAACUUGUCUUUUUUGCGGAGGGAAAACAAAAAGACAUUUUUCCAUAAAACUUUGUGCCACGUACACACAUUUGCAAACAUGUAUGCGUGAUAUUUUCUUUUGAAUUUUUUAACAUUCUAAAACAUGCUUAAAAUGCAUUUUUUUGAAAAGUGGGUGCAUAUGCCCAUGGGUUCAAAUGGUGCCCUCUCUCCAGUAAGAGGUGUUCCCGAGGGAGGGUAAAAGCAACAGCACAUCCAGCCCAUCAGAGGAGAAAAGGGAGAAAGUAAGUGUGUAGAGAUCGAGAGAGUAGCUAUUUUCUUCAGCCAAAGGUACCUGGAGCACUGCAUGUGCAUAUGGUAGCUAGGGCAAGAUAUCAUGUUAAGCCACAAGCUAGCAGCUAACAAUGUAUCUGUUUUGCUCUCCAGUGUUUGUUUAACUCAACUUUUCUCUUCCGUUAUUACAGACAAAUUGAAGAGGAGAAGGAGCGGGGCAGCAAGCAGCUAGGUUAACUUUUACCCAGCGUUGAAGAUGAACGCUCGUCAGGUCUUGACUCGAACCACACUUAAGAAUCACAGAAAGGGUGUUCUAUGCAUAGUGAUACAUAAGAAGGAUGAUUCCCGCAAAAAGAAGAAGAAGGAGGAGGAGACAUUAGCCGCCAGCGGUUUCAUCGUUAGGGCUGCUCGAGGGAACAGAAGAGCUCUUGUGAUGACAUGUAAUCAUGUCGCUGCAUAUUUUGUCCCUCCUGGGGACAAGCUAGGCAUUAGAGCACCUGGGUUAGACCAGGAGCUCGAGUGUGAAAUACUCUACCAGGAUACCAACAAAGACCUAGCGAUUAUCGCUGUGUUUGGAAUGCCUGAGAAUUAUCCGGCUUUGAUAUUUUCCAGUGAGACAACUUUAACGAUUGGAACAGAUGCCGUGUUAGUGGCAUACUACACUCCCGAUAAGUUGGAGGAGACUAACAAUCCUAUUCCCAUUGAACCCGGAGCAUGUCCUGGAAGCAUUGUUGGACCAAAAAUCAGGGAAACAAAAGAAAUGGACUGGAAGGAAAGGAUGAGGCAUGAUUGCAAAUCAAUGAGUGGAUGCUCAGGAGGACCAGUUAUUGCAAAUGGUCGUGUCGUGGGAGUGCAACAAGAUGGUGACGUGCAGCAGGGGUACGCAGCUAAUUUUGUAACAGUGGAGGCUGUUGUGAGAGAAUGGGCUGGCUUGGAAGAUGGACAGGCUGCUGAUAGUACCCUAGAGGACCUGUUCGAGUUGCUGCGCGACUGAACCCGGCCUACACGUACUUCAACAAGUGAUGCUAGCAGAUGGUGCUUGACGUGCACUCGUUGUACUGUUCCAUGAUUAGUAAUGCUAGAAAAAUGCACGGAAAAUAAAGAAUGUAUAAAGGAAACGGAAGACUCGUGUUAUGAUGUACUAGCACUAAUUAGUUUCUUCUAACUAGUAUGCAGUUGAGCAUGAAUGUAAGAAUCUCUCUCAAAGACUUCAAGAGCACGAACUGUGUGCUCUGAUGCUUAAAAUUAACCUUUUUUAUGGUAUCUUAAAAUUAACCUUGUGUAGUGAA